CCCAACAGUCAUCAAAAGGGAAAAAAAAACUCCAGCACUUCAUUGCAUUUGCCCACCCAUUCAUUUUCCAAACCUUGAGCUGUGAUUAUAAAUACAGACUCGAUGUGCUUUCAUGUCACUUGCACUCGUGGAUAAGCAGCAUCAGGUGAACAUCUCAAAGGACAUCCAUCGAUCAUGUCAUCUCUACCCUGGAUCUGUGCUGUGACACUGGCUCUGCUCUGCUGUCUGACCGCUCAACCCUUGAAACCCAACUCGCUCUUGAUAGAGAUUAAAAACUUUUCUGACACUGUUGAAAAUGACACAUGUUGGAAAGAUAUAGUAAACCCGACGUUCUACGCUCCCGUCGAUGUAAAGAAGGACUGCGUGCAUUCUGCUCUGGAUUGCUAUAUCAAAGAAUUCCACGUGCUUGUUGAAGAAUGUCAGUCAGAGUCUGAACAAAACAUAGAGGAUGCUGCGGACGAUCUCAUGACACAACUGGAAGACUUAAAAAAAGUAAGAAAUAUUUGUUCAGCGCCAACGCAACUAUUUCAUGACCUGGAUAAUGUGCGAAGUGCGAUCUGUUCUCACGAGUCUUUUUCAUUUGCUCUCAUUUCACAGUCGGAUACCUCCUGCACCGAUUUCGCCUGCGAGGUCUUUCCCCAAAAGCCCUUCAAGGAAUUCUUGAACAACAUGAAAACUCUCCUGCAACAAAUAACGGCUCUGAGCAACCCCGUGUGAAAAUCUGGACCAAAAAAACCUGAAACUGUGAUGUUUGUGUGCCCGGGGUUUACGUCUACAGAACCUUCCGAUGAAACUCAGCACAGACUAGUCACGUGUUUCGACAUUGCACUGCAUUUUUUUUUUUUUCAGUCGUGUUAUAGCCAACGAAUGUAACUUCUAUGAAGACAGAUAUGCUGCCAGUUCUCACGUUUAUGUCAUAAAGAAAAAAGCACUAGAAUGUUUUGAUACACAAGCUUUGCUGCAUAUUUAUGUAUUUAUGAGAAUAUUUAUUUAUGUUAUUGGUUAUUUAUUAGGACGCCUGCCAUGUGUAUUUCAAGAGAAAUAAAAGUGAACUUAUU